CUCAAGAAGUACACAAUUCACCAUGGUUAAUAAAAUGUUGGCAAUUUUACCCCUCUGCAUUUUCUUGUUCACCACACCGCCCAACUUUACGUCAGCCUGCACUUGUUCAUUGUCUCAAGAUGGAUUUCCAACCCCCCAUGUUGACUUAUCCUUAAAAUGUUCAAACUGCUCAGAAAUCCCGACCUACCCCAACGCCUCGUCCAUCACUCAGCUCGACCUCGGCGGCAAUCCGCUCGUUCACCUCACCUCAAACACGUUCUCAAAGAAAGGAUUCGUCUCCCUCAAGAAGAUCAAUUUGUCCAACUGUCGAAUCCCGGAUAUCGAUCAGGACGCCUUUCUCGGGUUACAAAUUAUUGACCACCUUGACCUCAGCUAUAAUUCCUUGUCCUCCAUCUAUUUGAAUACUACCGCCGUGAAGACCUUAAACUUGCGGGGGAAUCCGAUAAAAAAUUUGGAAUUUAAUAAACACCACCUGAAUGAGAUUGACUUGAGUAAUUGUUCGCUGGAUAGAAUUCCAUCAAAUCGCCCAUUCCUAUCCUCGUCUUUAAAAAGGAUAAACCUAGAUUCGAAUAAGUUAACUACGCUUCCCUGGUCAGAAGUGCGGGCGACUGGCAUGCGACAUAUCUCAUUAAAAGAUAAUCCUUGGAGGUGCGACUGCCACAUGAACUUUUUGAGGCAACAUCUCCGAAAUGUGUACCACAUUAAUAUUGUGGACGACGUGGUUUGUGAUUCACCCCGAAAAUUGAAGGGACUCGGGCUGGACUCGAUUACAGAUGAAAUAAUGGAUGAAUUGCCUUGUCCGCUACAAAUUACGGAAAUGGCAAGAGUUAAGAUUGAGGACAGGAUUAUGGUCAAUUGUUGGAUACAGGGCAGGCCACAACCUGUGGUCCAAUGGCAUCAGGGUACAGUGGACGUGGGGAAUUUACUGCAGAGCCAACAUGCAAAACCAACAUUUAUUAAUAUGGCAACGGGGAAACCUUACCCUUACCAUUGGAAAAGCACGCUUGAAAUUUUACCAAACAGUUCGGCUUACAAGGGCCCUUGGACUUUUUGGUGUACUGCGCAAAAUCAGUUUGAUACAGCAAGAGAACAAAUUACGGUAACUCCUCCGCGUCCACUAGAACACAUUUAUCUUCAAAUGACGACGCCGGCGCCCAAAAUAGCGUCCGGGGAAAGAAUACCGAUCGUAUCAUCGCCAAAUCAAGUCGUGUCAUCAACUCAACGUCCCAGCAUCGUUACAUUUUUAAAAACGGAGCCCAUUCUGCACCCGCCGAUCUCGAUUUCGAAUGAUUUCCAGGAGGACAUGAGCCCCACUACUGCUGACGACCCGUUUAUGAGGCAGAUGUCGAGAGUGAUUUGUACUAUAGUGGUGAUAAGCUUGCUAAUCGUGUCCUGGUGAUGCUCCAACGUCAAAUCGGAAACAGUACGACGAUAAGAGUCGAUGGAGUUUAUUUAAGCGUGCCAAUUCCGGCUGCAAGUUAUCAGAACAACAAAAUGGGAGAAGGUCCCCAUGAAGAUUUGUGUGCAAUGGUCUCUACAAAGGAAAUACUGAACUACUAAUUUAUUUAGUUCAACUAUUUUUUUCAAUUUUUAAUAUUUCUUAUCUACGUCUGCAUUUUUGGAUUCUUUAUUGAGUAUUUAGCAUGUUAAAGUUUAUUGUACUUAACUUAAACGACUUCUUAUAACAAUUAUUGUAUGUAAUGUAAAUGAAGUUAUUUCUUGCAAGAUUUUAAACACUGAUGACAACCAGACUCACAUCGUAGAUUUCGUUAUAUUGCGCAUUUUUAUGUACAAGCAUAUCAAAUUAAUUAAUUAUUAAAUGAUUUCCUUCC